AUGCUAGCAGACAACAGAGAGAACAGCUACGAUCCAGCCAUGCAAACAGACAACAGAGAGAACAGCUACGACCCAGCCAUGCGAACAGACAACAGAGAGAACAGCUACGACCCAGCCAUGCGAACAGACAACAGCUACGACCCAGCAAUGCAAACGGACAACAGAGAGAACGCAAUGCGAACAGACAACAGAGAGAACAGCUACGACCCAUCCAUGCAAACAGACAACAGAGAGAACAGCUACGACCCAGCCAUGCAAACAGAUAACAGAGAGAACAGCUACGACCCAGCCAUGCAAACAGACAACAGAGAGAACAGCUACGACCCAGCCAUGCAAACAGACAACAGAGAGAACAGUUACGACCCAGCCAUGCAAACAGACAACAGAGAGAACAGCUACGACCCAGCAAUGCGAACAGACAACAGAGAGAACAGCUACGACCCAGCCAUGCAAACAGACAACAGAGAGAACAGCUACGACCCAGCCAUGCGAACAUACAACAGAGAGAACAGCUACGACCCAGCAAUGCGAACAGACAACAGAGAGAACAGCUACGACCCAGCCAUGCAAACAGACAACAGAGAGAACAGCUACGACCCAGCCAUGCAAACAGACAACAGAGAGAACAGCUACGACCCAGCCAUGCGAACAUACAACAGAGAGAACAGCUACGACCCAGCAAUGCGAACAGACAACAGAGAGAACAGCUACGACCCAGCCAUGCAAACAGACAACAGAGAGAACAGCUACGACCCAGCCAUGCGAACAUACAACAGAGAGAACAGUUACGACCUUCCUGCAGCUCCAAGCGGAGUGCGCUCGUUUGCUUCUGGUGUAUGGGGCAAUGUAGCUUAG